GGUCUCUGUGUGAAGGAGCUACGCAAAGGGGACCGGAUUCCAUGCCAACAACAACAACAACAGCAGCAGCAAUGGCAGAAGCAGAGAUGCGUCAGAGGCUACUGUGCACCGUCAAGAAGGAGGUGAAGCAGAUCAUGGAGGAGGCUGUCACCAGGAAGUUUGUACAUGAAGACAGCAGCCACAUUGUCUCGUUUUGUGCUGCGGUGGAGGCUUGCGUUCUACAUGGGCUUAAGCGGCGAGCGGCGGGAUUCCUGCGUAGCAAUAAAAUAGCAGCGCUCUUCAUGAAGGUGGGGAAGAGCUUCACCCCGGCAGAGGAGCUGUGCAGGAAGGCUCAGGAGCUGGAACAGAUCAUCGAGAGCAAGCGGAACCAAAGCAUGCCCAACCAGGACAGCGUACGGAGACUGCCCAGGCUGUCGAGCCUCAGCCCGCAGGUGGUCAGAAACCUGUGGAUCCGCACGGCCCUCUUCGAGAAGGUGCUGGACAAGAUCGUGCUCUACCUCGUGGAGAACAGCAGUAAAUUCUACGAAAAAGAGGCCAUUCUGAUGGAUCCGGUGGACGGACCCAUUCUGGCCUCUUUGUUAGUGGGGCCCUGUGCCUUGGAGUACACGAAGAUGAAAACGGCGGACCACUUCUGGACAGACCCCUCAGCAGACGAGCUGGUCCAGAGACACCGCAUCCACAGUGGUCACUGCAGACAGGACUCCCCCACCAAGAGGCCUGCCCUUUGUAUCCAGAAGAGACAUUCAAGUAGCAGCAUUGAUGAGCGGCCUUCCCCCUCGCCCUCAGCCCGGGACUAUGUGGAGUCACUGCACCAAAACAACAGAGCCACCCUGCUGUUUGGAAAGAACAACGUGCUGGUGCAGCCGAGAGAUGACAUGGAGGCUAUCCCAGGAUACCUUUCUCUCCACCAGACCGCCGACAUCAUGACGCUGAAGUGGACGCCCAAUCAGCUGAUGAACGGCUCUGUGGGAGACCUGGACUAUGAGCACAGUGUGUACUGGGAUUACGCCAUGACCAUCCGUCUGGAGGAAAUUGUUUAUUUGCACUGUCAUCAGCAGGUGGACAGCGGGGGCACGGUUGUGCUGGUGAGCCAGGACGGCAUCCAGAGACCCCCGCUGCGCUUCCCUAGAGGGGGCCAUCUGCUCCAGUUCCUCUCCUGCCUGGAGAAUGGCCUCUUGCCCCAUGGCCAGCUGGAUCCUCCACUCUGGUCCCAGAGAGGAAAGGGGAAGGUGUUCCCUAAACUGAGAAACAAGUGUUCACAGGGCUCCUCGGACUCAGUGUCUGAUAAGGAGGAGGAUGAGGCCACAGACUAUGUCUUCCGCAUCCUGUUCCCCAACAGCCAAUCAGAGUUUGUGACUAUAACACACCCUCUCCGUGUUUCCCCGGGGGCUCCUCUCCUGUCCCGCUCCUUCUCCCUCCAUCUGAGAGGAAAGCCCCCGACCAAAGGGAUCUUGGUGGUCCCUAAGCGCUCCUGCAGCUAUUCCAGAGACCACUCCUCAACCACCACAGGGAACAGCUUGGCUCCAGAGCUGAUGGACCAGGGAGCCAACAUCUGGCAACCCAUCCCCAGGAAGUCCUCCUACUCAUCCUGUACCCAGGGCAGCUUCUCAGAUGGAGGACCCCCCAACGGUUGCAACCAUGACAGAGCCCCUUUGAAGCUGCUGUGUGACCAAAUGAAGUAUCAGAUAAUCUCCCGGGCGUUCUAUGGCUGGCUAGCUUAUUGUCGUCAACUGUCCACUGUACGUACACACCUCUCGGCCCUGGUCAACCACACUAUCGUGGCACCCGAUGUGCCCUGCGAUGCCUUCACGGGCCUCACCACUGAGGUGUGGCAGAGGUUCCUUCAGGACUGCACUGCCUAUAACGAGCAGGAGCUGCUGCGCCUGGUGUACUUCGGCGGUGUUGAUCCUUCGCUGCGUAAGGAGGUGUGGCCCUUCCUCCUGGGCCACUACCAGUUUGGCAUGUCUGAGUCUGACAGGAAAGAGGUGGAUGAGCAGGUGCGGGCGUGCUACGAGCAGACCAUGAGCGAGUGGCUGGGCUGCGAGGCCAUCGUGCGGCAGCGGGAGAAGGAGCAGCAUGCAGCGGCGCUGGCUAAGUGCUUGUCUGUCUCGGCCAGCGUGGAUAAUCCCAACCCUGUCCAGAGGAUGCUGCACCAUGACUCCAGCAUCAGCAAUGAGUCCUCCCAGAGCUGCAGCUCAGACAGACAGAACCUGGCUCGCCUGCAGAGUGACUCCAGCAGCAGCACCCAGGUGUUUGAGUCUGUGGAGGAGGUGGAUCAGAUCGAGACCGAGCCCAAGAGCAAAGAGGCCAAGCAGGUGCCCAAGAUCCCCAAUGGAGGAGCCCUGCCCAAUGGGACCAGCUCCCCAGACUCGGGGCACCCCUCCUCUCGCAACUUCUCAGUCACCUCGGGCCUGUCAGACCGCUCUCUGAGCACAGAGGACAGCACUGCACCUGACACCACCCCUAAAAACAUCACCAGCACUCCUCCACAGUUGGCUCCAGCCCCACAGAGCCCAGUCAGAGCCCAUGAGGAAGAGUUGGAGGCAGAUAGCCCAAAAGCCCAACCCCCGGCCCUGCAGGAGGAGAAGGACCUCCAGGCCAAGGAGGAAAAAGAGAGUGCGACCGAAGUGACCCAGGAGAUUGAGGGCAACGAGACAGAAGUGCCAGAUAUAGAAAUAGACAAAAAUACAGUGACAGUAGAAGCAGAAAUGCCAGAAGUAGAAAUUGACAAGAAGACAGAGGUGCUAGAGAUUGAAAUGGACAAAAACACAGAGACAAGGGAGGACAAGGCAGCAGACCUAGGUGCGUUAGAGAGCCAGAAAAUAGAGGAAGAAAAUACACCCGUGACUGGACCUGCCGAGAAAGAGGUAAGGAUCAAUGAAAAGGGGGACAUUGAGUUACCGAAAGCAGAAGUGGAUGCUGUAGAAGAAACGGUGAAGUCCAAAACGGAUGAGUUCAAAACAACGGAGGCUAAAGAGCCUGAGACAGAAGUGGUGAAAAUGUUGGAUGGAGAGCCAACCAUGCGAGCAGACACAGAGGAGUUGCAGUCACUGGAAGCAGAGACAUUGAAAACUCAAGAGUCAAGAGAAACAGAGGACGAAGGAUCUGAACCAGAGUCUGUAGAUCCAGAAGAGACUGAAACAUCCCAAACAAACCAUAGAGAGCCAAAAGAGGAGAAGGCAUUGACAUCAACGAUGACUGCAGAAGCAAUGGAGGACAAGACAUCAGAAUUCGAGGUUGAGCGAACUUCAGAGGCUGGAGAAACAAAGAGUGUGGAGAAGACAGAAACUGAGAAAGAAGUAGAAGCCAAUGAGACUUUAAAAUUUGAAGAGGUAACCGAAACAAAGGGGGUUAAGACGAUGUCACACGAAGAAGUUGCAGAGGAAAAUGUGGAGGACAUUACAAAAUCUAAGGAAGUGGGAAAAAGCGAGGAGGAGACCAAGCGGUCAGCGAUGGAGAAGAAUACAAGCCCCGUAGCAGACACCAGGGUGGCAAGGGCAAUGGAAGCAUUUGGUAGCACCACCCAGAGUGAGGAGGCUCUGGCCACCACGGAAUCUGAGGAGUCUCCUUCAGCCAUUGAGAUGGCAAACGUCUCCAUUGCCCCACUGUGGGACCGGAUUGGUCCGUGUGACAGUUCCAGGGUCGGGGCUGCUCUCUCUGAGGGCUCAGUCCCCCAUCUGGAGCUCCAACUGGAGGAGGAGGAGCAGUGCAAAACCAGCCCAGAGGGCACAGAGUUAAACUUGUCCGAGGAGCCUGAGAUGGAGAGCAUCUUCCCACAAUUUGACUCCCUGACCGUGGGCAGAGAGCUGACAAACGAGGACAUCUCUCCAGUGUCAUCCAUCGGAACCACCUAUUCUCAAGAGCUUUUGGACAUGUACACGAUGAACCUGCACCGCAUUGAGAAGGAUGUCCAGAGGUGUGACAGGAACUACUGGUACUUUACCCCUGCCAACCUGGAGAAACUGCGCAACAUCAUGUGCAGCUAUAUCUGGCAGCACCUGGAGAUUGGCUAUGUGCAGGGCAUGUGUGACCUGCUGGCUCCCCUCCUUGUCAUUCUGGAUGAUGAGGCCAUGGCCUUCAGCUGUUUCACUGAGCUCAUGAAGCGGAUGAAUCAGAACUUCCCCCAUGGCGGUGGCAUGGACACUCAAUUUGCCAACAUGCGCUCUCUCAUCCAGAUCCUGGAUUCUGAGCUCUUUGAGCUCAUGCACCAAAAUGGCGACUACACCCACUUCUACUUCUGCUACCGAUGGUUCCUUCUAGACUUAAAGCGUGAGCUGGUGUAUGACGAUGUGUUUGCGGUGUGGGAAACCAUCUGGGCAGCAAAGUACGCCUCCUCUGGCCACUUUGUCCUCUUUAUCGCUCUGGCACUGGUGGAGGUCUACCGGGACAUCAUUCUGGAGAACAACAUGGACUUCACCGACAUCAUUAAGUUUUUCAACGAAAUGGCUGAGCAUCACAACAGCAAGCAGAUCCUGACACUGGCCCGGGAACUGGUGUGCAAGGUGCAGACUCUCAUUGAGAACAAGUGAUCUCCAGGAGUCAUCCACUUCUCUUCCUCAACAGUCUUUCUCAAACAUAGAGAUAGAUAGAGGACUCAUAUUUGUAUCUGUUCUAUUAUAGCGUCUGUGACAGCAUGGGCAGUGCCGUUGAGGCCAUCUCCAUUUGAAAGUAGUCGAUUUUCUUCUUUACGAUUGGCUGAUCCCUCCUGAUGACAAGGUGCUGCCCAUGCUAAAACAGCGUUUUCGCUAAUAGAGACCUCUAUCAUUCUCUGUGGUCAGUUUGAACAGCUGCAACCGAACAGAGAGAUCAGGGUCCAGUUCAUUAGGCACCAAAUGGAAUAAAACAGACAUAGGGAGGCACUACUUAGACUAGUCCUAUAAGAAACUGUCAAUUUCAUUUUCAGUCACAAUGUUUUCAAUUGCGUGCCUUGAUGAACAUGACUGAGAUGUGCUCCACUUUUCACUGCCUUCUCCUUAUCUAUGUAAUACCAGCCGGUACUCUGUCAUUUCAGGUCAUGUCAUGGAACACCAAGGGAAGGGUCACUUUUACCUCCAGUUAUUCUGUCAGGGAAACAGUUUGAUUUAUUUUUAAUUGUUAACUGUGACAUAUACUUAGUCAUCAUAGGAUGUAUGUGGUAUGCCUUGUAGACACUGGCCUGUCUUGAUUGAAGUGGGGUUAGAAUUAGAGGUCGACCGAUUAAUCGGAAUGGCCGAUUUCAAGUUUUCAUAACAAUCGGAAAUCUAUUUUUGGGCCCGAUUUAAACAAAAUAUAUAUUUUUUAAUUGUUUUAUACCUUUACUUAA